AUGACCAGCCACGGUCCGGGCACGCUGCCGGAGAUUCCCAGCAACAGCGCCGCCCUGGGGGAGGAGGACGAGCCCCCCACUUUCUCCCCUCGCUCCCUGGCGGUGCAGCGGGGCAUCCUGGCCGAGGCCGUGGGUGCUCUGGGUAGUCAAGACUUUGCGGCGGCGCUGAGCGCCCAGGGGGACAGCGUCAGUGACGACAGUGACUGGGAAUAUGAGCUGGAGAAUUUCGACCAGAUCAACAUCAAGCACCUGAUCAGGGCGGAGCUGAAGGACACGGUGCGCAAGAUGAUCGCAAAGCAGAAGAGCCCCGCCCGGACGCUGAUGCGCGACAAGCUCAUCUUCGUGGUCUGCACCGUCGACCUCUACCUCUCCGCAUACUGGCUUGGAUGCUAUCCCCAGUCCUUCUACCAGCUGUACACUGUGAAGGCAGCCGUCCUCUUCUGCAUACGCUGGGUGGUGUACCGCUAUAAGCGCUGGCACUACUUCCUCUUUGACCUCUGCUAUGCAGCCCAGGUGGUCCUCCUCAUACAGCUCUGGCUCUUCCCCACCAGCAUCGCAUGGAUCAAGGUCACGUUUGCACUAAAUCUGGGGCCCCUCGUGUGGAGCAUCGUGGCCUUCCGCAACAGUCUGGUGCCACACUCCCUCGACAAGAUGACGUCGCACUUCCUGCACUGGUUCCCGGCCUGCGUCAGCUAUGCGGCACGCUGGCACCCCCCCUCCCAGGUGGUGGAUUACCUGGCCUCUUCCGCGGAGGCCCGCAGUGCCUGGGAGUCCACCAGCCUGCGUGAGCUAUUCUUCCUCCCCCUGGUCCCCUACCUCAUCUGGGCGGUCCUCUACUACCUCAAGGUGUUUGUCAUCAGCUCCAGCAGGAUAGAGCAGCGGGGCUACGAAACCCUGUUCAAGUUUGCGACCUCCAACCGCCGCAGCCUGUUCGGCGCGGUGGUGCUACGCUUUCCUCACGCGCUGCAGCCCGCCGUGUACAUGGCUAUGCACGUGGGCCUCUGCGCCGCGACCCUGGUGCUGACCUCCGUCUGGUGGCGGUACCAGCUGGCCUGCGAGGCCUUCCUGGUGAUCCAGUUCACCGCCUCGGCCUGGAGCGGAGCGACGUUCUACUUUGACGUGUUCUCGAGGAAGUACAUUGCCGGGCUGGGCGCCAGCUCAAAGGGCAGCGGGGGCGAUCUGAAAACUGGGGCGGCCCGGCAGCACGACGCAGACGGGCACCCGGCGCAACCGCCAAUGUAG